CUAUCAAGUUAUUUUCAGUUUCACCACAUGCAGCCAAUUGUGAACGUGUUUGGUUAAUUUGUGGUUGGAUUUAUGGAACGCGACGUACAAGACUUUCAAUUGGAAAUCUAGAUGUGGUUGCUCAAAUUCAUUCCUAUUAUAUUGCCAACAAUAAAGCUAAAUUGCCAUAUUAUGGUGUAGAUCUUUAUGAAGAAGUAGAUGAUAUUACUUUCGAACAAUCUAUGAUGAAUGCUAAUAUUAAUCAAUCAAGUAUUGAUGAUGAUGAUGAGUUUAUCUCGGAGGAGACUUUUGAAUUAGAGGAAUCUUUAGAUUUGUCAAAUUUGCAAUUUUUACCAGUAACCGAACAAAAUGAUGUAGAAGAUGAUAAUACUUCAGAAAUCGAAUCAAAUGAACUUGCAGACUAUUUAGCGGAACUUGAUCAAGAGAAUGAUUAUGAUCUAGCUGAAUUAGGAGAAAUGUUUUUCAGUUAA